CAAAGUUUUCCGUGCUGUGUGGACGGGGUGUAUUUUGCACCGCAUAUUUUCUUUAGAGGGAGGAAGAUAGCGUUUUGUUUUGUGUUUUGAUCCUUGACAGCUGACAGGAGCCAUUUUCAUCAGCUGAUCCCUUUGUUUUUGGUUGACCUCUACCGAGUAACGACUGUGUUUCGUGAUAUUUGGACACUCAUCGGGCGGUUUUUCACAACUGUGUUUAUCAUGAGGAACAUGUGUGAUCACCAUGCUGCGGAGCUUGGUCGGCUGUGGUACCAGCUGCAGACCGCGGUGCGCCGGGCACCCUCGUACCAGCCCAACCUCAUCCAUCUGGACAUGCUGGAGGAUGACGACGAUGUGAGGGAUCCCGUUGUUUCGUCCACGCAAAGAGAUGAGGCCGUGGAUCGUCUACGCUGCCUGAACAGAUGUCUCCGCUUCAAACACGAGACCCUGGCUCUGGCCAUCAACAUUCUCAACAGAUUUCUCUCCAUCAUGAAGGUGCGAAUGAAGUUCCUUGGCUGCCUGGCCAUCACCAGCUAUUUCAUUGCCAUAAACAUUCUAGAGGAAGACCAGGAGCUGCCAAGCCCAGUCCACCUCAUCAGAAUAAGCCAGUGUCGGUGUACGGAGGCGGACUUGUUCAGGAUGGAAGGCAUCGUCUGUCAGAAACUCUACCACGACUUCGGCGCGGUGACGCCCCUGACCCUGCUCCAACUGUACCACGGGAUUUGCACGAUGACGGGAACCAUGGACGGCGUUUUGGAGAAGAAGAACCUCUCGCCUGCCGAACAUCUGGAGCAAACCAUCGCAAAGCUGGAGGCUUGUCUCUGCCGGUCUGCUUUUACCAAAUUCACUGCUCCAGUUCUGGCCAUGUCACUACUGAUGUGUGAGUUGGACGUGUUUGAUGCACAGGGCAGCAACCCAGAACUAUGCAGUACCCUCAACACCCUCAAGGUGGCGUCGCAGAUCAAUGAACAGCACUUGGUGGAAUGCCGGAACAAGCUGGAAGAGUUUCUGAUGCAGUACUCCUCCCCGGUCAGUAGGAGGCCCACGUCACGGUUCGUCUGGGUCCUGUCCUCUCGCACAGCCAGGCAACUCAGACCCAGCAUGCAAUGGGCCAUGGACCUCCCCACCAUCCUAGAGGAUGGCUAUGGGAGCUCUGGAAGCAGGUAA